GGGAGCUGGAGCCGGGCGCCGCCGCCGAGGCUUCCGUCUCGCUUGCUCGCGCAGCGGCGGCAGCAGAGGUCGCACACAGAUGCGGGUUAGACUGGCGGGGGGAGGAGGAGGAGGGAAGGAAGCUGCAUGCAUGAGCCCCACAGACUCUUGCAAGCUGGAUGCCCUCUGUGGAUGAAAGAUGUAUCAUGGAAUGAACCCGAGCAAUGGAGAUGGAUUUCUAGAGCAGCAGCAGCAGCAGCAGCAGCAGCAGCAGCAGCCUCAGUCCCCCCAGAGACUCUUGGCCGUGAUCCUGUGGUUUCAGCUGGCGCUGUGCUUCGGCCCUGCACAGCUCACAGGCGGGUUCGAUGACCUUCAGGUGUGUGCUGAUCCUGGCGUCCCUGAGAAUGGCUUCCGGACCCCCAGUGGAGGGGUUUUCUUUGAAAGCUCUGUAACCCGAUUUCAUUGCCAAGACGGAUUCAAGCUGAAGGGCUCUACAAAGAGACUAUGCAUGAAGCAUCUUAAUGGAACGCUGGGCUGGAUCCCCGGUGAUAAGCCCAUCUGUGUGCAAGAAGAUUGCCGUGUCCCUCAAAUUGAAGAUGCUGAGAUUCAUAACAAGACAUACAGACAUGGAGAUAAGUUAAUCAUCACUUGUCACGAAGGAUUCAAGAUCCGUUAUCCCGACCUGUACAACCUGGUUUCAUUAUGUCGCGAUGAUGGAACGUGGGAUAAUCUGCCCAUCUGUCAAGGCUGCCUGAGGCCUCUGGCCUCGGCCAACGGCUACGUGAACAUCUCUGAGUUCCAGACCUCCUUCCCAGUGGGGACUGUGAUCGCCUAUCGCUGCUUCCCCGGGUUCAAACUCGAAGGGGCCGAGUACCUCGAAUGCUUACACAACCUUAUCUGGUCGUCCAGCCCACCCCGGUGCCUUGCUCUGGAAGUUUGUCCACUACCUCCAAUGGUGAGUCACGGAGAUUUCAUCUGCCACCCGCGGCCUUGUGAGCGCUACAACCACGGGACUGUGGUGGAGUUUUACUGUGAUCCUGGCUACAGCCUCACCAGUGACUACAAGUACAUCACCUGCCAGUACGGAGAGUGGUUUCCUUCCUAUCAAGUCUACUGCAUCAAAUCCGAGCAAACGUGGCCCGGCACCCACGAGACCCUCCUGACCACGUGGAAGAUCGUGGCAUUCACGGCUACCAGUGUAUUGCUGGUGCUGCUGCUUGUCAUCCUGGCCAGGAUGUUCCAGACCAAGUUCAAGGCCCACUUUCCCCCCAGGGGACCUCCCAGGAGUUCCAGCAGCGACCCUGACUUUGUGGUGGUGGACGGCGUGCCCGUCAUGCUCCCGUCCUAUGACGAGGCUGUGAGUGGCGGCUUGAGUGCCUUAGGCUCCGGAUACCUGGCUUCUGUGGGCCAGGGCUGCCCCUUACCCGUGGACGACCAGAGUCCCCCAGCAUACCCUGGCUCAGGGGACACGGACACAGGCCCAGGGGAGUCAGAGACCUGUGACAGUGUGUCAGGCUCAUCUGAGCUGCUCCAGAGUCUGUAUUCAUCUCCCAUGUGCCAAGAGGGCACUCAGCCUGCUUCCGACAACCCUGACACAAUGGCCAGCACAGUGGGGGAGGUGGCAUCUACCAGCCCAGGCAUCGACAUCGCAGACGAGAUCCCUCUAAUGGAAGAAGAUCCCUAACCCAGGAAAAUUGUGAUGAUUCUACUGCUCCUUUGGGGGAAAGGAGCCGUAUAGCUUGGAGGGAGGCCACAGAAGGACUGAGCUUGGGGCCAGCUUUUCUAGUUUAUCUAGACCGGGACAGUGAUUCAAAUCAUGCGUCUUGGGCUCAGCAGUGAGGCUGACAGACUGUAGCAGCAGUGCUCUUACGUGAGACUUGGGAACUCAUCAAGACCCACAGAGAGCCCAGGGCAGAGGGGAAGCCCCCUGCCAUCCUGGAUGGAGGUGUUCAGUGCGUCCUGUGCUGUGGAACAUGGAACAAUUACACACACAUCCCUGAAUACACUAAAUCACACAGCCUGGUGACUUACGAUUACUCCCUGCCCCCUCUGAAAGCAUGUCACAUUAUGUAAAUUCGCUUUUCACAUCUGCUUCAAACUGUGUCUGCGCUCCAAAUUCAGAUGGGUUGGCCUCUGCAGAAAGUCCGUGCUGGGAUGUGGGAAGAACAGCAGAGCCCCCUGCACUCCCGUAAGGGCUGACUCCCAAAGAAAGGUUCUCGUGGGGCAUUUGGAAAACUUCUGCGUCUGGUCUUCUCUACUCAAAGCCACGACUAAACCCGGAUGUGGCCAUUCCACAGAGAAAGGAAAGGGAAGGCAGGCAGACUCUGCUUUCUGGAAAUGUCUUCAAAAAGUAGAGUUCGUGUACUUUGUGCUCUGGUGACAUGGCCUCAGAGUUUGUGUUCAUGGCAUCGCACCCGGAUCCAUGGCGUUAGGUAAAUCUUGUGACUUACACACAGUCAGAAUAUGUUCAAAUCCAUCUCAUGGUGGAGACAGUGACCAAGGUACUGUUGGGUUUCAGCAUUUUAGAAAGAUUCCACUCAACAACUGAUCUCAGUUGACUAUUGUCAUUGUUGCCCCCACCCCAAACUCAACCAUGCUUUUAUUUUCCAAAACAGAAAUUGUUUCUGUAAACAUAUGCCACCUCCAGAGGAAGUGUGAGGUUGCAUUUACCCCCAUUUUUGCCCUGUGGGGUCAAGGCCUGGCAUCCCAGCUCACUGGCAGCUCACCCCUCUUGACUGAGGGGUUUUUGGCCCUUCCCUGCCUGCCUUUCCUGCGUUCCCACUGCGAGGGGUCGCAUGGUGCCCACUGGCUAUUAUUCCUAAGAAGUUGAUUGACAAAAAAAUUUCCCAAAGUGUCCUGAAGAGUCUCUUCAAAUACGUGUUGAUCUGUGGAGUUGACUCCUUUCCUCCUCUGGGUUUUAGACAAACGUAAACAAAAAUCUGAUCCAUAAAAUUGCUAUGCUGAUAGAGCAGUGAGGGCUGGAAGCCUGAUCAAGUCCUGUUUUUUCUUGACACAGACUGAUUAAAAAUUAAAAAGAAAAUGACAGCUUGAA